AUGUCUUCUUCAGUGCUGCAUCAUUGUACGUAUUGCGGACAUGAUUCCGAGAUUUCAAACUCCCUGGCUGCCUUCGCUGAGAACCCUUACUGCCGUCAGUGCGGCCUAUCCGCUGCGGAGGGCGAUUCCAAAAUGCAAGACGACCUAGCCAUCCUCUUCGCUCGUCAGAUGAGCGUGGCAGGCAUCCCCAGUCCAAAUCAAAAGCUCGCGAGCCCUCCGCAGUCAAUGGUACCUGCAGUUAUGUCCCCGACCCCUGAUAUGUCCCCCUCUCCUCCUCCCACUCCUUCCCCCUCCAUCUCCCGCCCAAUAGCCUACAACAUAUCUCAGCAUUACCAUCACUCCGCACACCAGCUCCCUGGCUCAGGAGGCUGGUCAAAGACGCUUUCUGCAACCCUGCACGACAUGCAGCAAGCCGGAAUCUCAGCGGAAGAAAUACUGUUCCAAAACAACGUGGACCCGACUGCCCUCUUCCCGUCGCAGCUGACCCUCUUCGCGCAUGCAGAUGUCGAGCAGAAGACGCGUCUAAUUGAGCUAUGGCAGAUUUCGCGACCGAGUGUCCGGAAAGCGAAUCCAUUUGACAGCUGCAGCGGUAGCGGCGGCAGCGUCAUCCCUACUUCAUCGUCUUCCUUGCCGAGUCGCAUGCAAUCUGCCAGGGACACCAUGAUCGACGUGGACUGUAUGGAUCAGGAUGCGCGGAGCACAACUGGGCUGGAUGACAGUCAACACGCAGAACCAUAUGUCAUGUCCGGCUAUGAGGCGCUCGCGCAGCGCGAAUAUGACACAUCAGCGGCCAGGAGUGCGUGCGGACAUGGGUUUGCAGAGGCGUCACAGUCCUCUGUAGCUGCUGCUGCCACGACGUCAACUUCCUCGUCGUACAAACCGGCCGUUGACCCCGUGUACAAGGGCAAUGGUUUGUGGGAUGCGCAUGGCCAGCAACAGGGACAUGGGCAAGGUGGGUCGGAGGCAGUACUGCUACUUCAACCGAUGGAAAAUCAGUACGGCGCGUUCGAGCAGCGGAAUAAUUCCAUGUAUCUGGGUUGUGGAAUUGCACGGGCGCAUUGGCUGGAUGAUCGGGAGAUGUUGUAG